AUGUGGCUUGCUAUCCGUAAAAACGAGUGCUUUGCUUAUUUGGGUCCCAAUGGCUGUGGCAAAACUACUACAUUAAACACAUUGAUUGGUCUUGUUUGUCCUACUCGGGGUUACGCGACCAUUGAAAACGAAUCUGUCAAGGCGGAGAUUGAUGCAUUAAUUGCUGAUGUCGGUCUUGGUGAUUUUGCUGAAAAGCAGACGGGAACGUUAUCUGGUGGUAACAAGCGCAAGAUUUCCUUGGCAAUGGCAUGCAUUGGCAAACCAGAAGUCGUGUUCCUGGAUGAACCAACAACAGGCAUUGAUAUUGUCAUUCGACGAUCCAUCUGGUCCAUUAUUAACAAACUCAAACAACACACAUCUGUAAUCCUUACCACCCAUUCCAUGGAAGAAGCGGAAGCACUUAGCGAUCGUAUUGGCAUUGUUGUCAAUGGCCGUAUGCAAUGUAUUGGUACUCCGCAGAGGCUCAAAUCUGUUUACGGAUGCGGAUACAAGGUCUCGAUAAGAACAAGUGAAUCCGUGGAUGUGGUGAAUGAUUGGUUUUUGCAAAAUAUUGGCAAACCUGGCACAUGGCAAGUAGCUCGACAAGUGGGUGGAACGACUGUAUUGCAAAUGACAAAGCUUGGCGUUGAAGCUUUACAAACACAGCUAUUGGCCGCGUCGACUGACAAGGAGAAGAUGAUUAUAGGACUAGAGUUACUAGAGCAUAUUUUCCGUGUUUUGGAAUUGCCGGAAACCUGUGGUGAUAGUGGUCAACUAGCCCGGCAACUUGGUAUUGUAAGUCAUGAAGUACAGGAGACGAGUAUGACCGAGGUAUUUGUUGCAUUUGCAUCACUUCAAAAGGGACUUGAGCUUUAA